GGAGGGAGGAGCUAACUACGGGACAACGUGACAUUUCCGCAUGUCAAUAAAAAAAUACGUUUCUUGAGUUUGCCAGUCGCCGUACACAUGGGCAGGUGCAAUUUUCGUUUACAUGACCCCGAAGUUGCUUCGUAGAGUUUCGGUCACAUGAUGCCGAGCUUGAUCAGUCAGCAGCUGCUGCUGGUUGCUGCCUCUUCUCAGGGGAACAAAACUUUAUAAAGAAGGAAUUCUCAACGGAAGGUAAAGUAAAACCGAAAACUGAGAACAUGCUGAAGCUGAAGCCGAAGUUUGACCUGCACAGAGAUGUGGAGUAUGAUAUCCUCAGGAAGGAGGCGUCGGUCUGCAGGGUGAAAGAAUACACUGGAGAAGUGGACACUCGUAUUCUGAACAUUGAGAAAGAUGGGGGCAUCCUUUACUCCUGGAAGGGGGCAACAGGGACAACACGCAUUGGGAAGUAUGACUCCAACACCAAACAGAACAAGCUCCUGUACACAUUUGACAAGCAAGUGUGUGUCAGCAGCUGCUCCCUGAACAAGGAGGAGACACUGUUAGCCGUCAGCUUGGCACAAAACACUCGAGGAGAGGAGCGCCUCAAACCAAUAUCCAAGUGUCUGACCCUCCUGAUUGAGAUCCAUCCCAUCAACAACACUAAAGUCCUCAAGGCUGUCGACUGCAGGGUCAAAGUACAGUUCCUUACUGCAGAAUCUGACCGCAGAGCAGUGCUGGAGAGCCACCUGCUGCUGCUUACUGAGGACGGAUAUGUGGAUCUCUACCAUGUCCUGCUGACAAAACAGGAGGGAUACAGAGUGGUGAUGGCGAAUCCUGAUCGUUUGACCAAAACAGCAGAGCGAAUUGUGGAGGACUUUAACUGGGUCCAGUGGGAUGGACACACGCAAAGACUCUACUAUGUCACCUAUAAUGUGAAGUUCCUGAUGCGGUGUAUUCAGUUUUACCCCAGCUAUAGCUGUGAAACUGUGUUGGAACUCCCAUUAGAGAUGCCUGCUCAUCCUUUCCGCACAGUCAAGUUUGUAAAUCUGGGUUUUGACCAUCAUCACUUGGAUAAACUGGAGCAAGAGCUUGUCAGGAUGGAGGUGUUCACACACAGAAUAGCAAGCAGCAUGUGUGUGUGCUUCAGCCAACUAGCCAAAGACAAACAUGAACUGAUCUACACUGUGGUUUUAGUUCAUAAAGACUGCAGCAGAACCUUCAGAGUUCCUCUGAGCAGCGACCAAUCCCAGAAAUCCACACAGCUCCAUCCUCUCUUCAUCCCUAUAGGUUACUACAUCCUGGUGUACCUGCAGGGUUAUUUCCUCCAUUGUAUCAACACCAGGCAGCAGGAGAUGCUCUGUCACUCCCUCUUUCUCUCAGGUCCUGAUGUGGAUUUGGGCCUGAACUGUCAAUCAGCUAAAAUCACAGUGCUGCAUGCAGAAGAAGAAUCCAAUGGGAGCUUAUUGGACAUGGCUGCUGGAAGGAUCCACACUGCUGAGCUUAGUCCUGCCUACCUGCUGAAGAUUCUGCGAUCAGACACUCCCUCUAGGUGUCCCAGCAGCAAGAGCGAGGCUCAGCGCCUGGCCGCCCUCCACUGCCUGCUGGUUUACAUGGGAAACGACCCAAACCUGGAGCUGAAGAUUAUCGAAUGGCUGUGUGACAACGUGAACGCCUUUGAGUCCUUUGAUCAAAUCCAGGAGUUCAUUCUGGCCUCUUUGUACAGAAUAAGCUACGAGAAGUCUCUCAGCCUGGAUAAAGUCCUGCCUUACUCCUCUGUGUUUGACAAGAAGGAGAUACCAGCUUGUCUGACCGAGAUCCCUGGUGUCUCAUGUACCACUGAUUUACAUAUUGAAUCUGUAUUCAAGGGGAAGCUAAGAAGUCUCCAGGGUUUCUGGUUGGAGCUGCAGUGGAACACGGAGAGGACAGAAUAUCUAGAUGCUGUACCGAACCCCAGAUACAGAACCUCCCACAUUCAAGCAGACUGGGAUAAACUGAGGUCUGAGAAGAAACCAUCCAGUCACAUGAAGCACAUUGAGGAGAACACCAAAAAAGUUCUAUCAAUGGUGGACACCUGGUGUCUCGAUAAGAAGCUGGUGCCACUUUUCCAGGAGGAGGACCAACAACAGAGGGCGCUCAUAGGCCUGACGGUUGACAAGCUUCGAGAGCAUCUCAACAGACACCUGCCUCGACUGGGGAAGAAGAAGAUCGACUCGCUCGUCGUCAACUAUGUCGCCAAACUGCUGGAGCUCAUCAGACACAUGCUGGAGUCGGUCUGGCUCAAGAGUAGACUUGGCCCGUGUGUUCUGUGCUUCUCCAGCACGCAGCAGGGCAGUCCGGCCGAGUGGUCUGUGUUUCACUUCAUGUUUCGGAUCCUGGAAGCCACGAGGGGUCUCUGCCUGCCCCUCCCACCUGGCUAUCACACCCUGUUAUCAGUGUUUGCUGUGCGUGUUCUUCCUCAUCACACCUUCCUGCAGUACAUUGACCAUGGUUUCCUGCAGCUCACUGAAACGUUUGUGUCUCGGCUCAUGACAGAUUUGGACAACAGCGAUGCCAACGAGAGACUGAAGUUCAGCAUACUUAAAAGACUCCCUGAGCCUAUGGAGCAGAGGAUCUUCCAUAUGUGGGAUCAUCCUGUCAGCUCAGCUUCAAUCUCCAGAGAUUAUGUCAGGACUCUGCUGGAGAAGCACGACAAAAACAAGGGACCUGCAUUCACUGUCAGAGACAAGCCAGGCUUCAGACCUGAGUUUCUGCCUCUUACCUACCUGGCAAAGAUACUCUCUGAUAUAGAAGAACAAGCUCUGAACCCUUUCGAGGAGCAGGAGAACGUGGACGCCAGGUUCGUGGAGGAGACGGCUUUAAAGCAGACACUAAUACUGCUCGGCUACGAGAAAAAAUAGAGGGGAGAGGGAGCAGGAGGGCAAG